UCCGAUGCGGACGCAGAAGGACCGAAGUUCGGGCUUUGACUGCAUUAAUUCCGUGCUAGCCGCUCUCCUUGGUAGCGUUCUUGGAGAGGUCGGUCCUUCAGGGCCCGGUUCCGCCAGCGCAGACCGGACGGGACCGAUGUCCCGCCGCCCCUCGGCCGGGCGCUGAUGCCCGCUGUGCCCGAGAGGCCCCGCAGCGGGCCCAGGUCAUGAGCCUGCUGGGCGGCCUCACCCCUUCUCCGCGGGCCGCGUCGCAGGCCGCCAAGGCCAGGAUGAAAAAGCUCCCGAAGCGGAGCCAGAACGAGAAGUACCGGCUCAAGUACCUGCGGCUGCGCAAAGCCGCCAAAGCCACGGUGUUUGAAAAUGCUGCUAUUUGUGAUGAAAUUGCUCGUCUUGAGGAAAAAUUUCUUAAAGCAAAAGAAGAAAGACGGUACUUGCUAAAGAAGCUUCUCCAGCUUCAGGCUCUAACUGAAGGGGAAAUACAGCCUGCAGCUCCUCCCCACAGCUCCAGUUUGCCCCUGGCUUAUGGUGUGGCCAGCUCUGUGGGGACUCUACAGGGAGCUGGACCCAUUUCUGGGCCCAGCACUGGGGCCGAGGAGCCAUUUGGGAAGAAAUCCAAGAAGGAGAAAAAAGAAAAAGGCAAAGAGAACAACAAACUGGAAGUUCUGAAGAAAACAUCCAAGAAAAAGAAAAUGGAGGGAGGUGCUCGCAAGCUGGUUCAGCCCAUUGCCCUGGAUCCCUCAGGACGGCCUGUGUUCCCCAUCGGACUGGGGGGUCUAACAGUAUAUAGCCUGGGGGAGAUCAUCACCGACCGACCUGGCUUCCAUGAUGAGAGCGCCAUCUACCCUGUGGGCUACUGCAGUACUCGAAUCUAUGCCAGCAUGAAACACCCAGACCAGAAGUGUCUGUAUACUUGUCAGAUCAAGGAUGGUGGUGUGCAACCUCAGUUUGAAAUUGUUCCUGAAGACGACCCCCAGAAUGCCAUCGUUGGUUCUUCUGCAGAGGCCUGUCAUGCAGAACUGCUCACGGCCGUAAGUGCUACUGCGGGGAAACCAGUGUCUAAUGUGCUUCCAUCUGGAGCAGACUUUUUUGGGUUUUCUCAUCCAACCAUCCACAACCUGAUCCAGAGUUGCCCCGGAGCUCGAAAAUGUGUCAAUUACCAGUGGGUGAAAUUUGAUGUGUGCAAACCUGGAGAUGGGCAGCCACCCGAAGGCCUGCUGGAGAGUGAGGCAGCUAUAAGCUUCGAAGCCUUUCAGAGACAGACCUUUGAUGAAGAUCAUACUGAUCCCAUGCUACAAGGACCGCUGGACCUCCCGGAGCUUCAGCCUGCAGCCUUUGUGUCAUCUUACCAACCCAUGUUCCUGGCACACGAGCCCUUGGUUGACAAUCACCUAGAGCACUUGAAGUCUCCAGUGCAGUGUAGCCCAACGCAGUCUCUAGACUGAACGAGAAGGGGUCAGAUACCAUUUCACCAUGACAAUUAAGUUAAAAUUUUUUUUAACUUAAUCUAAAACUUAGAAUAUAUAGAAGGAAGCAGCAGUUCAGAAGAAAUUAACACGUUUUGUUGUGGAGCUUCCCAUGGUGACAGUUUUCCCUGAGAAAAACUUCACCUACUUUAUUUUUAGUAAUAAAUUUCUCUUGACAAUUCUGCUUAUUUUCAUCUUGUCAUCAGAUAGAAUCUAUUUUGCUUAGUUCCACCUCAGGUAAACUUAAACCCUUUGUUAACCAGAGUAAGAAAUGGCUGCUGACUCAGGAAGGAGUCAGUACAGUUCUGACGACCUUUUACCCUUGAUUCUGAUCCUACUUCAAGGACUGUUAAGCCCCAGCCCCUGCACCCCAAGCAGCCGUUUUAUUUCUGUGUCGGUAUCAUCGAAAUCAAAUCCUGCGCAUCCCCAAGCUGGUGUCCAGCCCAAGGCACACUUUGCCCAUUCACAUUUCACAUUUCUCCAAGGGGAGCAAAAGGUUCUCUUGACGCUUUCUACAUCUUCUUUGUGGUUUCUUAUCAGAAGUGUGCUGUUAGCUAAAUACACUGAAACUGCUUGAUAACACAUUUAGAUAGGACUGGGGGUCAGCUCCCAGCCUCCAUCACAGGCUCACAGUGUCAUUAGUCUUUCUAUACGUUUGUAAGCUUUUACAGUGCAAAAAGGUAUAAUUUGGAUUAUGGCAAAUCAAGGGUGGAAAGGGUAUUACUCAAAGCUGUUAAUAUUUUAAUAUGUUUCUUUUCUCUGUGUAAGUUGCCUGAACAUCAUAUCUGUACUUACACAGAAAUGAUAUAUGCUGCUUUUAUCAUAUAGAAAAUACUUUUCCAUUCUAUUACAGCUUGAGUAAAUCACAUAUUAAAAGAAAGCUUCAUUUUAAGAAAGACAUUUAAAAAUGUUUUAAUAGGUUAGUGUGUUAUUUACUCUUAUUAAAGAAUAUUCACUUUGUAGCUUUCCUAGAAUAGAAAGAACCCAUUUGUCGUUCUUAAACUUAGGGAGUCAAGUACUCUUUUAAAAUUAAUCAGACUAUAUUGGAAUGCAUCAUGUGCCAAAAGGUUAAAACUCGUAUCAGAUUAGUGUGUAUGUAUAUAUUUAUAUAUCACACAUGCAUUCACAUGUAUGGGGAUACAUGGAAUGUCAAAUGUUUUUCUUAUGGAUCAUCAUGUUUAAAGACUUGAAAGACAGUGCCAUAGAUCUGUCAUCUACUGGGUUGUUAGGGAUUUCCUAAAUUGGACCACAUGCAGUAUCGGUGAGAAGGAGAUGAAAAACGGGACUGUGCCUGGGUGGGAGUAGAAACUGUUGGACUUCUGAGAGGGUGAAGCUGCAGGUCUCACAACUGUAAACAUAUUUAUCCUUAAACCCGUUCCUGCACAUUAAGAGUCCUAGGGAAAUUAAGUGUGGUAUGAUGUUUGCAAGUAACCAUUAUCACAGUAUUAGUUUAACAGUGAAAAAGUGGGAGAAAACCUCUUAAGUCCACUAAUGGGCAAUUGGUUAAAGCACGGGGCUCCCACAAAAUGAAACACUCAAAUCUGUUUACAGUUUAACAGGGAAAUUAUUUUGCUGGAAUAAAUGAAAAGCACAGAUUACAAAGUAAUACCCAAUGUAGUGUGUACAGUGCAACCCAGACAAAUCAAGUGACUGUUCACCAAAAUACUGCUCUCCAAAUGAUGGAUUUGGGGUGAUUUUUUCCUUAUAUUUUUGUUAGCAUCCAAAUCAUCUACAGUGAUUAUAAAUAUCAUUUUUCAAACAGUAAAAUGUUAUCCGGGAAAUAAGCUGAGUUCCCACAGAAUGUUUUAAAUUAUUCAACCAUUAAAAAUAAAUCAACUUUUAUAUGA